GUCGCUUGUGUGUCUCUUGACGGUCGCUUUGCUGACGAGGCACAUAGGCACACCUACAAGAAAAGCAUUUAUUUAUCAAAAUAUAUAUCUCUCCUCUCCAGCUGAUUGCACAGCUGCGUCUCAGCCUAGAUCGAAAGGAGAGAAAAAAAAGUAAGAAGACAGCGCAGCGAAAACAAAAACAAAAUAUAAAAUGCUGCGGUGCUGCGUGGCAAGUUAUCGCCUAGCGCUGCUUGGCCUGGGCAUCUCGGCGAGCGCCUCACCACUAACUGUAGGGUGCCGUGUGGGUCACCGCUGGUGCAGCACAACGAGUCAAAGCAGCGAAGAAAACAGCCCCUCUUCGAAAGCACAAGAGGAGGGAGAGAAGAUGAAGAAGGAGUCUAUCGCAGAGGACGGCGGCAACGCGGUGGUCACCGGCGAGGGGGCGGCGGCCGGGUCGGCCAUUCAGAAGCGGCAUAAAGGCUUUAUUGAGCCGUCCAACGACGUGGUGAUGGAGAUGGCUCGCAAGGCCCUCGCCCGCGAAGGCCGCGACGAGAUCCCCGAAGCGAUCGUGUGGAAGUGGGAGACCACGGCCCCACCCAUCUUAGCGCAGGGCAAGCAGAAUAUCUACGACAUCACGGAUGACAUUCCCGAGCACGUGAAGCCAUUCUGGUACCACGAGUACUAUCAGCAGCGAGAGUACUUCCGCCUGCAGCGCGAGAAGCGGCCGCUGAAGGAGCGGGUGAAGUUGUGGGCGGGUGUGCUGUCGGCCAUGGUGGUUGCCGGAGCGGCCCUCACCCUCUUCCGGGUCUGGGUGGAGCAGCCGCGCGAGAUCCGGCAGCUGCGCGAGGAGCUGUUGCAGAACACCUACGGCCGUGUGCUGGAGCUGGCCGCGGGCCACGGGCAGAACAUUGGUGCCUACCCGUACGCGGUGCACGAAGUGGUGCUGACCGACUCCAACCCGCAGCAGCUGCAGGCCCUGCGCUACCGUAUUCCCCACACGGCCUACCCAAAAUACGACGUGAAGCGCGUCCGCAGUGAGAGCUUGGACAUCUUUAAAGAUGGCGAGUUCGACUGCGUCGUGGACAUGUUCGGUCUGUGCCACCUGCACGACCCCGUCAUGGCGCUGCGUCAGAUGCAGCGGGUGGUGAAGCCGAGUGGGAUGAUUCUGUUGUUAGAGCACGGCGCAAGCCCCUACCCGCCGGUGAACUGGUUCCUCGACUACUUUGCGCAGCAGCACAAGGUGAACACGCACGGGUGCAAGUGGAACUCGCCGAUUCGCGCAUACCUGCAGGAGUCGCGGCUGGAGGUCAAGGAGCUGCGGAACAUGCACUACGGCACCACCUACUACGUUGUGGCCUACCCGGAAGUGCUUGACGCCUUCAAGGACCGCGACGCGGAAGCCGCUUUAGAGAAGAGCAAGGCAAUGUGA